AUGGCAGCUCUUAGCACCACUACUAUUCUUACCAACAGAACCCGAAUGGCUUUAGUUCCCCGUGCUGUCCUCGAAAACAAAAUGCAGGUCUCUUACGAAUUGAAGCAGUCACAGUCUCGCCUUUUCCAUGAGCUUCCGUCUGGCCUGAAAAUGGAGGUCAUCUUCCAAAAAGGCCGAAUUGACAAAGAUGAGAAAUCUCAAAAUCCACCUUUGGUUUUCAUUCAUGGAAGCUUCCAUGCAGCUUGGUGCUGGGCUGAACACUUUUUACCCUUCUUUUGUAAGCAUGGUUUUGACUGUUAUGCUCUCAGCUUGCUGGGUCAGGGGGAAAGUGAGGCACCUUCUGGUGCAGUUGCAGGCUCACUCCAGACCCAUGCCAGUGAUAUUGCUGACUUCAUCCAAAAACAAAUUAAUUUUCCCCCAGUGUUGCUGGGGCAUUCUUUUGGAGGGCUUAUUGUUCAGUACUAUAUUGCAAAUAUAGGAAAUGAAAAAUUACAUGAAAAGCAAGGCUUGCACCCAUAUCUUGCUGGAGCUGUGCUUGUUUGCUCAGUACCUCCUUCGGGUAAUAGUGGGAUUGUGUGGCGGUAUCUCUUCUCCAAACCCGUUGCUGCCUUUAAGAUAACACGCAGCUUGGCAGCAAAAGCUUUUCAAACUUCUCUGCCACUUUGUAAGGAAACUUUCUUCUCUGCAGAAAUGGAGAACCAAGUAGUCCUAUGUUACCAAAAACUGAUGACAGAAAGUUCAAGGAUGCCAUUGUUUGAUUUACGGAAGCUCAAUGCAUCACUCCCCACUCCUCCAGUGAAAGAUUCUUCAAUCAAAGUUCUUGUAGUGGGAGCUCAAGAUGACUUCAUAGUGGAUGGCAAGGGACUAGAAGAAACAGGUACGUUUUAUGGAGUGUCACCUGUUUGCAUUGAAGGAGUUGCCCAUGAUAUUAUGCUGGAUUGCUCAUGGGAAAAAGGUGCCCAAGUGAUACUAUCAUGGCUGAAUCAUUUGAAGAGAUGA